CUUUCGGUGGAGGUUUCGUGCAGACCCGUGGGUCCCGGUCAGUUCCAUUAAAACCUCGCUAAACUCUGUAAAAGUGUGUUAAAACUGCGCAAACGUGCGUAAAGGUGCAGCAGGGAUGGCGCAGACACGAAAGAUAUACUUUUGCGGCAGCAUCCGCGGCGGUAGAGAUGACGUGCACGUGUACCAGCGCAUCGUGCACACGCUUCGAACCUACGGCACCGUUCUGACUGAGCACGUGACCGACGGAGGGCUCACGGACACCGGUGAAACCUCAGAGUCUGGAGACAAACACAUCCAUGACCGAGACCUGGACUGGCUGCGGCAAAGUCAUGUAGUGGUUGCCGAGGUGACGCAGCCCUCUCUGGGGGUGGGAUAUGAGUUGGGUCGGGCUGUGGACCUGGACAAACAGGUUCUGUGUCUCUUCAGGCCCGAGUCUGGACGACGUUUGUCGGCCAUGAUCCGAGGAGCUGCAGAUGGACAGAAGUUUGUGGUUCAGGACUACACCCAAGACCAGGUCGAGUCCAUCCUGAACCAGUACUUCUCCCAGACCAAUAUCUAAACCAGGACUGAACCAGGACUGAAUCAGGACUAAACCAGGAUUAAACCAGGACUGAACUAGAACCGAGAUCCAAAAAAGGGCAAGAUCUGAAUCAGGACUGAUCUAUAACUUCAGACCAGAGACCCAAUUAUCAUCCAGAGACCAAGAACCGGGCCAAAACAAACCAGGAGCAGGCUGAGUCCAUACUGAGCCAAUACUUUUCACAAAACUAGAUCUGCACAAAAGACUAAUAUCUAAACCAGGACUGAGACCAGAGAUCAUCUCAACAAGUACCAAGAUCGCAACCAGGAGUAAGAGUGAAGAGACUGGAGGGGGUAAGGGCAUUUUGACUGGA